CCAAAAGCAUCCCAAAACAUGCAUCCGGCCAGUCGGGAAGAGAGGAGAGGAGUAGGUCAGCACAGGGAUGAGUCCUGGAAGGACGAGGAGGCAGAUGGACUCAGAGAGAGAGCAAGAUCUGGCUGAGGGAAGAUGAUGCAAGAAGGGCAGCUAGCUGUCGUACGAGUACUCGUGUCGCCUCGCUGAGGACUCACCGGGAGGGUGGCCAGCCGGGCGACGUACUCGUUUUCCACCAUCACUCACAUGCGCACUCCACCAUCACUCUGCGGCUCCAAGGGCGGCUUGGAAGACGCCCUGCCGAAGGGAAUAUGGUCGGAAGGACCAAGGAUCGUGCCGAAGCAACAGAUCUCAAGAGAAUGACUCAAGUCAUAUCGGAAGCCAACGAUAACAAUCAUGAAACACAACCGGCACUAACUCGCUUGGCCAACUUCUCCUUUCUCCCGUCUUACGCCCCCAAGCCCACGCAUGCAUGCACUGCGGGCUUAUCUAGCGCACCUAUUCAUCAGCAGCCCUCUUUCUUCCCUGGCUGCCUCCCCUGUGCCCAUCUACGGCUUGUCGUCCUGCCUGCCUACACACGGCUACCAUCCUUCAGCCUGUCAUCCAUCAGCAUCAGCAUCAGCUCCAUCCAUCCAUCCAUUCAUCCAGGGCUGCAUCCUCUCCAUCAGCACACGGUCCACGACAUCCAAUCCAUCCGUCCAUCACAUCCAGACACAUGCGUCUACACUUCCAGUCAUCUGAGCCGAGCGCCUUCAUCAGGGCCACAGACAGGGGCGAAGGGCAUCGUGAGCACUUCGCAACAUCGCGUUGCGAAGAGCUUCUUCAAACUGCGGCCACGUCAGUGCUUCUCCACGAUACGCGCGGGAUGCUGACUCAUGCGCCAUGGUUGCCUUGAAGAUGUCGAAUCUCUCAGGCAGUGCCGAUAGCAUGACGGCGAUCAUCGUCUCGUCUGGCACUGUUGAUCCGACUUCAUGAAGGCGGCUGACGAGAUAGCUGAAGUCGCCAAGGGCGUCGUCAAGAUCGUCCUUGAUCAUCUUCCAGCUGAAGAAUCGCUGCAAGAGCUCGUGCUUGCAUACGAUACGAUCAGGUAUGAACCGCUUCCGCAGUUCUAGAUACGCCCAUGCACCAUUCUCGCCGUGCUUCUGGUAUGCUUCUUGAAUCAGUCGCUUGGCCUUGUCUGCUGUCUGCAGGGCGAGGAAGCCGAACAGCCAUCGGAGGUUCUUGGCGUUGGAGCUCUCCUGCUCAAUCAGGAUUGGCUGUCCCUGCUGGUUCACCACGGGCUGAUUAUUGCCAUCCAUCUGUGGCACCGCUAUCUUCAUCGGCGGGACGUCCUCAUCCUUAGUAGGUAGAUAGACUUUCACAUCCAUCUCUCUUGCUGCCAAGUAGGCUCUGAGAGUAAAGUCCCAUUCGCGCCACUUGAUGUCGUUCUCGCCACUCCUGCCGGUAAAGACGGGGAAGGUGGCCUUGGUCUCGAGAUUGAGUGUCAUCUCUGCUGUCUGCUUUGUUGAUGUUGUUGUUGUCUUUCUUCAAGUACUGCUAGUAGUUGACUGCUGCUGAUACUGCGCAAGAC